AUAAUUUUUAUAUUAAUUUUUAAUAUAAAAUAUAAUUGAUUAUUUAUUUUUAUAUUAUUUAUUUCACCUUUAUUAGUUAUUUCAAUAAAUUCUUGAUUUUCUAUUUGAAUUAAUAUAGAAUUAAAUUUAAUAAUAUUUAUUGUUUAUUUAAUAUUAAAUAAUAUUUAUAUUUAUGAUUUAUGUAUAAAAUAUUUUUUAGUAAAUUCAUUUAGGUCAAUAUUAUUUAUUUUUAUAAUAAAUUUUUUAUUAUUUUAUUAUAAUAAUAUAUUUUUUUUAAUGAUUAUUAAUAUUAGUAUAAUAUUAAAAUUAGGAAUAAUACCUUUUCAUUUUUGAUUUAUUGAUUUAAUAAUAAAUUUAAAUUGAAUUAGUAAUUUAGUUAUUUCAACUUGACAAAAAAUUAUUCCUUUUUUUAUUUUAAUAUUUAUUUAUUUACAAAAUUUAGUUUUAAUAUUUAUUUUAAUUAGAAGAAUUUUUAGUAUAAUUUUUUCUAUAAAUCAAAUUUAUUUAAAAAAGAUUUAUGCUUAUUCUUCUAUUAAUCAUAUAUGUUGAUUAUUAAUAUCAUUAAUUUUUAGAGAAUUAAUUUGAAUAAUAUAUUUUUUUAUUUAUAUAAUAAUUAAUUUAUUAUUAAUAUUUAUAUUAAAAAUUUUUAAUAUUAAUUAUUUAAUAGAUUUAUUUUAUAAAUUUAGUAAUAAAUAUAUAAAAAUUUUUUUUAUAUUUUUAAUGUUUUCUUUAGGGGGUUUACCUCCUUUUUUAGGAUUUAUUAUAAAAUGAUACUUAAUUUUUUAUUUAAUUAAUAAUUAUAAUUUUUUUAUUUUAUUAAUUUUAAUUUUUUUUUCUUUAAUUUUUUUAUUUUUUUAUUUACGUAUAUUAUAUAUGAAUAUAUUUAUUAAUUAUAUAAAUUUUAAUUUAAUAAAAUUUUAUACAAUUAAAUUAAAUUUUAAUACUAUUUUGGUUAUUAAUUUUAUAAUUAUAUUUUUAUCUAUUUUUGUUUUAUAUUUUUAUAUUUAA